AUGGAAACCAAAGAUGAAUUCUCUGUAAAGGCACAGUUGUACCUGGCUCUUGGAAGCCUUCUUUCCGGUGCAGUUUUGGUUGUUUAUCUGGGAUCUCGACGACUUCUGCAACAAACCCUUGAAAAAAGGGAGAAACAACACAGAUUCGAAGAAGUUCUAAACACGGAUGAUACUUUGGCGUUACCUCUUAUGGGAUCAGUGGUACUUUUUGUUGCUUAUGUGCUUCUGAGGUUUAUCCCUUUAGAAUAUUUCAAUGCACUGAUCUCUGUUUAUUUAAGUAUUAUUGGUGUUUUUUCUUUGGGCGCAUUUCUAAAGACGUAUAUAAAUCCAAAUUUUUUUACAGGCAUUAUUUGUUGUGCAGUGGGAGGGGUUUACUACAUGAAGAAUAGUUGGAUAGCGAACAAUAUAUUGGCCAUAGCCAUUGCUGUUCGUGCUAUUGGGUCUGUUCAUUUAGGAUCAUUUCAAAGUUCUUUUGUGAUGUUGUUGGGCUUGUUUUUAUACGACGUUUUUUGGGUUUUUGGAUCUGAUGUAAUGCUUACCGUGGCAAGUGGAAUUAAUGGUCCUAUAAAAAUUGUUUUUCCUCGCACAAUAUUUGGUGAUCAUCAGGCAGUGAGUCUUUUGGGACUGGGCGAUCUUAUUAUUCCCGGAUUUUUUGUUGCACAAACGCUUCUUUUUUCUGUGGAGUAUGUGAAGAGAAGCACAUUUUAUUUUGAAAUUGCUCUAGUUGCUUAUACACUGAGUCUUGUGAACACAAUGGCUGUUAUGCUUAUUUUUGAACAUGGACAGCCUGCUUUGCUUUUUAUCGUGCCCUGGCUACUCGUCACAUUUUUGGUUUCUGCUGCGGUAAAAGGAGACUUAAAGGCGGUAUUUGAUUAUAAUUCUGAUGCUGUCACAUUACCGCUUAUGGAUUCUACCGAGGAGAAAAAAGAUGAUACAUUAUCCGAAAGGGAAACGGAUGGAAUUGAAAAUGAGGACUCAUUGGUUGCUGUUUUACGGGGGGAAAUACUGACUUUGUUCGGUUUUGAAUAUAUGAACGAAAAGGCGGAUCAAUCUCAGAGGGGUAAUGCAAAGGAAAAAACUAAAAAGGAAUAA